UUGAAUUUCAAACGAGAUUUCCUUAAAAUACCUAGGCAACAAUCAUUAGAACAUCAUAAAGACGUCUAUAGGAGAUGAUUUUCUAGCUGUGAACAAUGCAGCUCCUCGACCUUCCGGUAGAGAUAUUUUACAACAUUCUUUUCUUUGCCUCACUCUCACGUGGAUUUGUCAGGGCGCUCAGACUAAGGCUUGUGUGUCGAUCGUUUCAUCAUGCCCUGAACCUCGCCCUAUUCCGGACGCAGCUUCCGGAUCGAUUUCUAUUCUUUGAACCUGGGUCCUAUUCGCGUUGGGGUUGCCAUUCCAUCCACGGUGUUAAAAAAUUCUGGCAUGAUUUGGUUUUCGAUCGGGUUCGAAAGGGUGACGUUGGGCCAUUCGUCAAGAUACGUCCGGUCGCAGAAGAAUGUUGUAUCCGUGCGGGAGGCGACUUCGAGUCUACCCUUGACGCUCUCUGUUGGGCCGCCCUGGAGUGUACGACUUGUAAUGUUGUGGAGGGCCUAAAAAUCAUUGAUUCGAGCAUGGACUGUCAUCUUUUGAGCGCCGCGGCCCAUCUUGGUCAUAUUCCAUUGGCGAAACAGCUGGUAGAAGAGGGCUGUUGUCCCUUUGUCCCAAAUACGCUGUUUCCAGCCCCUAUCUUCCUCGCCGCUUUUACUGGCAACUCCGAGAUGUUGAAGCUUUUCCAGAAGCAUAUGAAAAGAUGCCAUCACCUGCGUGGAUAUAUUCAUGGCAUCUACGGUGCCUUUCGAGGGGGAGAUAUAAAUACUCUCGAACUACUUGCUUCGGCAGAUGGACUACCUGAAAUCACGCAUCUUGAUUUACAUUGUCAACCAAUCGCUUCCCUGGAUAUGUUACGAUUUGUAGUCUCGCGCUGGUCUUUGCGAUUACCGGAUCUGGAUACACUUGUUUACAAUGUCUGCUAUAACAACGUGGCCGUGGUUCGACAUCUACUAGACCAAUACGCGUGCAGUCCGCGUCUAAUGGAUAGAAUCAUAUUACUAAAUUAUGCGGCUGAGCGGGGCUAUGAGGAGAUGGUCAAUUUACUCUUGGACCACGGCGCGGACCCUAACUAUGGGAAAGGUUGGCCGCUUUUUGGGGCAGUCUAUAAUAGCGGGAGUCUCGUUGUCGUGCGUACGCUCCUCGAUCGCGGCGCAGACCUAAGAAAAGGCUUCCACAAAUUUGUUCUGUCUGCCAUGCUACGCGAGCAUACGGCCAUGCUAAGAUUCUUGAUAGGAAAAGGACGUUGCAGUACGUACCUUAAGACUAAACUGAAGCAAGUAGCAUCGAAAAAUGGGUUGGAGUCGAUGGCUGAGGUUGUGGAGCAGUUUGAGUGCGACUUACCUAAUGAUGAUGCUAACGAAGAUGACUUUGACGAUGGGGAUGAGGAUUUUUGGAAUGCGGUUGAGAAGUUGGGUUCCCGUUCUAUUAGUGAGCCUGAUCUCAUAAUGUUGUGUUCGGAGGAUGAUUCCAUAUUAACGUGUUCGAGGAUGGGCUAUCAAUCGGCGGACACGGACAUGGCGGACGAUAAUGUAUUUCAAGAUACUACUAGGGCUAGAGUGUAGAACUGAUAUUUGAACUUAUUGAGGGAAGCUCUCCAGCGCCCCUGUCCGCUGUCCUAUAGCCCCUGUAAGUUCUAGGAUACAGUGUUGCUUAUACAGCCUACUAUGCAUUUACACUACAUACAACUUGAUACAUAAA